AGCAGUUUCCUUCCAGGCAAGAUGCGUGUGACUAGGGUCAGAUAAAGACCUGGCAUCUCUAGGGACCACCGAUUCCGAAAUUCCUGCCCCCUGCAGGUGAUGGGAGGCAAGCCGUAAAGAAGCUAAAGGACAUGCCUUAAAAUGCAGAACACAUCCUGCACUGAGGACAGGAUUCAGCAUGCGCUGGAGAGGUGUCUGCACGGGCUCAGCAGGACACCGGGAUCUUCUUCCUCGUGGACAGCUGGGCUGUGUCUUAAUUACUGGAGUUUAGCAGAGCUGGUCAAUCGCGAGGCCGCCAAUCACAUUAUACUGGCUGAAAAAAUCCUGGAAAGGACCAGAGAGGCCCAGGAAAAAUGCGAGUACGAGCUUCUCACGCCUUUGGCCUUGAUGUUCCAUUUUGCUGUUCUCCUGGCCCCCUGGAUUCCUGAAGAGUGUAGCCUUCUAUCUAAAGCCUUUGAGACAUUUCACGUCUUCCUUACUUGGCCGGCGCCAUACUGCGACAUUUACCAGGAGAUUUUGAGCUUUAUUAGUGAGGAGCAAAAAGUUCCAGGGAUCACCUAUCAGCGUCUGGUCAGAGCAGAACAGGGCCUCUCGACGAAAUCACCCUUGCCCAGCAUUGUGACGGUGCUCUUGGUGAACCCUCUAGAGCUUCCUAAAGAGUUUCUGUCAGUCGUUGACAAUCUCAGCAACACAGAGCAAACUGUCCAAAACACUUACAUUUCUCUCAUCGAGCACCUGUACCAGGCCAACCUAGGACCAUCCCCUCAAAUCACCGAUAUAAAGGAGAAACUCAAGUCCAAGACUGUAGAGGAACUUGAAACGGUCGUUGCCGAUUUGACAGAGACUGUAGAACAAGCAGCCAAUGACAGCGACAUAGGAAAAAACAGGGAGUGGUUAAAGGCAAAGCUGCAGGAGAUUGGGAAACAAGCUGAUUUUCUAGGGGACAAAACAGGUAUCUCCGCGGGCCAGUUUCAACCCAUCUAUCUUCCAGUUCCCAAAUGUUACACAUACACCUGGGAUCAGGACAACUUUGAUGUCCUAAAUAACAUACUUUUACCUAAAGAAGACACUAGAGCAACCAGUCUUUCUCCAGAAUAUGAAGUUAAUGAGGAAGACAACGAAGAUGGUGAAGAGGAAGAAGAAGAAGAAGAGGAAUUGGAAGAGGUAGAAGAGGAAAUUAAUGACAAUAAUACCAAGAGAGAUUCUGUAUUCUCUAGUAACUCCAGACGUUAUGUGUACUGGAGCAUGCCAAGUGACGUACAAGAGAAAGCCAACAUGGCCAACAUCUCUAACCACUCCAUGCAAUUUGUCUCCAACCUGUCCAGUUGUGUAGAUAGUGGAUACAUUGAAGACAGUGAUGACAGUUCCCAGGAGACACCAGAAAGGAUAGAUUACCGAGAAGAAAAGGUCAAUCGAAAAUUUACUCAAAAGAUCCGUAAACUCUUUACACCCAAGAACCAUUUAUCUAAGGGAAAGUCAAAGACUGAUUUGAGCAAUUCUCCCACCCAUUCUCUAACAGGAUCUAUGUCCAGUUUGCAGAAUAUACCAUUAAGACGAGCAGGUAGCUUAUGUACGCCGCAGGUGAGACGAGUGCCUGUACGAUCAAAAAGAUCUCAGUCACUUCCCCAACAUGCUCUUGGUGCCCAUAUCUGGGAAGUCCAACAGAACCAAAAACUGGCUUUGAAAAGAAGGCCUUUCCUGAGCUCUAAUGAGGACUCCAAAGCUUCCACAUUGAGGGUUGUGGUGUUUGGUUCUGAUCGAAUUUCUGGAAAGUUAGCUCGAGCUUACAGCAAUCUAAGGUUAAAGGAAAGUAAAUGCCCACUGUUAACAAGGUUCUUUAAGCUACAGCUAUACUACGUGCCAGUGAGAAGAAACAGUCUUUCUCCAACCGUAACACUGACAAACCCUGACUCCCCUUUAAAAUCUCCAAGCCCAUCAGGAAAGAAUGCUCCAGAGGAUAUGACAGGAACAGAGGAAAGCACUAAUGACAUCUCUCACUACAUCGGGAUGCUGGAUCCAUGGUACAAGAGGAACAUCCUGGGUCUGAUGGAUCUUUCUACAUCCGUUCUCUCUCAGUCUUCUACACCUGAAAAUGGACUAGCAGAGACCCAAAAGCUGCCCAUACUUUCCGACAUGGUGCUGUAUUAUUGCCGUUUUGCCAACCGGUCUCUACUUCUCCAGUUGUACCAGGCUGAGAUCACAUUUGACGGUGGAAGGAAACAGACAGAGGUUUUUAUCCAAUCACUAGAAAUGGGGCACUCUGCAGCAUUAAGAGCUAUAAAGGCUUCAGGCCCUGGCUGCAAGAGGCUUGGGAUUGAUGGAGAUCGAGAGGCAAUCCCCUUUACACUACAAAUAGUUUACAGCAAGCCCCGCAUAAGCGGCCGAAGCAGAUGGAGUGAUGGAGAAAAGUUGUGCACGUCUGUAAGCCUGAUAAAAGCAUGCAAGACCUUAGAAGAACUUGAUGCCAAAAUGGAAUGUCUAAAUCUUACCGUACGGGAAGUGGUGAAACGACAGAACUCCAAAACCAAGAAAAGUUUUAAUCAGCAGAUCAGCAUUUCACAAAUAAAAGUGGACAAAGCACAGAUUAUAGCACAGAACGGUGGGACUUUUCCCUUGUGCUUGGACCAAGAUGAACGCAAAAUCCUUCAGCGGGUUGUAAAGUGCGAGGUUUCGCCAUGCUAUAAGCCUGAGGUCCGAGACUUCCGUUCUGUCUACAAUUCCCACUGGUCACAGACCUCUCAGGACCAAUUCUGUUCCCUCUUGUGUUUGCCGAUAGCAACUUUCAGUGGUGCUCAACUCUAGGCAGGAUAUAUGAAAAUAAUUCUUCUCCAUCACUCCGUCAAGAAUUUUGAACUUUUUUCCUGGAUAUUUUUGGCAUGAUGAAUUCUAAAGUUGGAAGCCAACCUUCUUUAUGGUACGAGUAAAAUAUCUGCAAAGUCACCUUUCUUACAGACGCUCUAAAGACAGGUAAAUGUUCUGCAGACCUGGAGAAAAAUCUGCUACCUUGCUGAGUGUCAUGCACAAUGAGGUGAGAAGAAAAUCACGAAGAACUGACGAGUGCAAUAGCUGUGAAUACAGGUUUCUGGAACUCUCUACUGGUGGCACUGGUGGACAAAUGGUUUUACAGAGAGGCUCAUUACUUCUACUUGUUGAACAAGUCUGAUACCUGCAUCGAUAGGAAGCAGGUUCCUGAAAAGUAAAUGACUACGCCGUGGUCAUCAAACUUUUCGUCUCUCAAAACUUAAAAACCUCAGGGGGUGUUAUACAUAGUUACUUAUAGAUUACAAGUUAAAAAGGGAUAAAGGGGUUAUGCCAAGUUUUGAAGUUAUCUGGUAUCCACAGAAUAGGGGAUACAUAACUGAUCGGGGGAGUUCAACCGAUCCCAAGAAUGGGAGUCCAGUUGGCUAUUUCCAGUGAUUUCAUAGAGGAUGACUUGAUCGGCCAUGCCAUCAGAUCAUGGCAAUGGGAUCUCCAUUCUCAGAACUAGUGCACGUCCCAAUCGUCGGACCCCACCAAGCGUUCAGCUUUUACAGGAUAGGAGAUAACGUCACAACUUGGAACAACCAAGUUUUUAAUGUAUGCCCUAUACACAGGAUAGGAGAAAAGCGUCUGCUCGGUUGGGGGUCUGAGUAUUAGGACCCCAACCAAUCUCCUGAAUGGUGGUCCUGUGUUUCCACGUAUGAACUGCACAGUGGUUGAGCAUACAGCACUUAGUAGUCCCACAGAGAUGAUGGAGACUAAGCAGUGGCAUGAACAGCUCUCAUAGGGCUCUAUAACAAAAGUAAGUAUGGACCCUCUAGCCCCACCACUUUAUUCAACAUCUAUGUCGCAAAAAGUCGAACAAGUGGUUCAUAGUUAUGGUGCCGGCUCUGAUCACCAUAUUUCUCAAUGUAUCUACACCAGACAACUGGCAUAAAUACACUGAUAAAUCCCCUGCUUCCCUCCAGACAGUAAAUUAAGAAACUGGCUGCCUGCAGCCACCACUAGAGGGAGCUCAGUGUAUAGGAAUGUAUACAGUUACCAUAGAUUUUAAUGAAAGCUGUAAAAAAUAUUUUAUGCACUGAAUCUCUGUGGGGAACAGGAGAAGCAGUUCAGUACUGACCCCCUGCCCUCCCUGUUGAACCUAUAGUAGUCAGAUGGUCUGUCUUUAUAGUAGGAACGCCACUGGGAAUACGUUUACAACUUGGUGUAAACAUUUUACUAGAAAUAAUAUGACUUUUUGUUUUGAGAAACACCCUCCAUUUUUGUUUGCACCAAUGGCUUUCACAGGUAUCUCAAACUCCGGCCCUCCAGCUGUUGCAAAACUACAACUCCCAUCGUUGCCCGGACAGCCUACAGGUAUCAGCCUACAGCAGGGCAUUGUGGGAGUUGUAGUUUUACAACAGCUGGAGGGCCGCAGUUUGAGAUGCCUGCCUUAGAGCCUACUUGAAGAACUAUGAAAUUGGUCUACAAUAGAAAAUACUCUUGUUGCCCCUAGCAAUCAAUCACUGUGCAGCUUUCAUUUUAUCUAUACGUUUUUCUUUUAGACAGUUUGAAUAAAUGAGGCCCUGGGUCUUUGUAAAUAUAAUGUUGAUUCUGAAGAUGUACAUUUAGCACUUAAUAUUUUUGGAAAUAGGAACUGUAACAUUGAGUGAUAUAUUUUUUUGGUGUAUUUAUGUGGUGUGAGUUCAGCUUUAAAAAUUCCAACUUUUUUAAAAGUUUUCCUGAGGCCGUCCAAAAAUGAGCAAAUGGCUGGGAACAAUAAAAAAGAAACAAUACAAACCUGCUAACACACAGAACCGCUGCUGCAGUGCUCCUGACGGUCUUAUUUUCUGGCUACGCUCAUGACCACUUCAACCAUUCAGUGUCCUCAGUGGUCAGGUGAUGUAGUCAGGUAAUUUACUGUUGCAUCUCUCGAUGCAAAGACAGCUGGGAGCAUUGCUGUAACAGUGAGGUUUAAGCAGGUGAGCACUGCUUCUUAUUUUUUUUUUACUUUAUAAUUUUCCUGUACAUCAGAUAAUUUUUGUUACUGGGUAAAAAGGCUAAGGUUUUUCAUCACAUUUACCUUAACACAAUGUUGAUCUUUAGCAAAUGAAAAAUAACUAUUAUGUCUUGAUUUCAUGUGAGCAGGCACCAUAAAACGGAGUUGUACUAAAUUGUUAUGUUUUGCUACCAUUAUUUUUCUAUAUUUUUUAUUGAAAAUGUAUUUUUGAAAAAUAAACCUAUGCUUGAUAUAUCUCUAUAGAGUAGGAUAUUAUUUAGGUGAUCGAACUGCUGAUCUGACAUUUUACUAAAAGGAAAAUUAAAAUCUCCAAUUAGAUGAGGAAGUAAUAGAAAACUGGAACUCUAUUUUGUUUUGCCUUAAAAAAAUUAACUCUGACCCCUAUAAGACUGCACUAAAUGCAAGAAUAUACCAAAUAUAAUACUGCCCCCAUUGUCAAAAAUAUGACUGUAAAAUACUGUGUCCUAUAUGCAAAAAUAUAACUACUAUAAUACUGCCUCCUAUGUACAAGAAUAUAACUACUAUAAUACUGCCUCCUAUGUACAAGAAUAUAACUACUAUAAUACUGCUCCUAUAUACAAGAAUAUAACU